AUGCGUUUCCGGUUAAAAAUUACUCCGCCUCUCUCCGGCCCAUUUCAUAACUCGUGUAUUCGCCGAUUGAGCUUGCUAACACACAUCUCCUACAAAGAAGAGUCGCAAAAUGUGGACGUGGCUGGCGAGCGUAAUGGGCUGGACGGUGAGCGAAUCCUCGACGGCCAGCCAAAAGAAGCCGGCCGAGUCGAUGCUGAUGUCGCGCACCGGCACGGAAAGCCAGCUCCCAACAAAGGCGGCGCCGCGGGCGGAGGCGGCUCGCAAAAGAAGAAGGAGAAGAAGGAGGAGAAAGAGGAGAAGAAGGAGGAGGGCGGAGACAACGGCUACGAGCAAUGCCCGGACAUGUCGCCCGAGGAGCUGGCCAAGAUUGCCAACCAGAAG